AUGGUCGCGUCAUGCCUCGUCAGUCUCGUUCUAUGCAAACACCAUCUCCUCAUCCCGUCGCGUUUCCCCUCGCGCCCUCCGACUGACUUUUCCCAUACCGCCCUUCUUGUUCCGACCCCCUCCCACUCUUCCCCCGCCACACCGUGUCCCCGUUGCGCGCACGCAGAGAGCAAGAGCAAGCGCGUGACGCUGCGGCAGAAGUACAAAGUCAUCCGCAAGGUGAAGGAGCACGCCAAGAAGAAGCUCAAGGAGGCCAAGAAGGCGCGCCGCGACGGCGUCGCGCCGAGGCGGCGCGUGGAGAAGGACCCGGGCAUCCCCAACGACUGGCCGUUCCGCGAAGAGGAGCUCGCGGCGCUCGAGGCGCGGCGGCAGCGCGGGCUGGAGGAACGCGAGGCGAAGAAGGCGGAGAAGAAGGAGCGGGUGCGUGCGGGGGGAAGGGGGAUGGGUGCGCGAGCGAGGACAGAGAGCCAAGGAAUGUCAAAUUCUCCUUUCUACGCCCAUUCUCCCCGCCAGCGCGCACCCCGCAUUGCCCCUUUCGUCCGACACCCCUCGCUCGUUGCCGCGAGGCGGCGCCGCGCGGGGCUGCCGGAGGAGGGGCCGCUGCCGGGCGCCGAAGGCGCGGAGGAUGAGGAAGACGCGGAGAUGGGGGGUGAGGGGGAGGAGGAGGGGCAGGAAAGUGGGCGCGUGACUAGCGGGGCGGCGAUGGCGGGGAUGGUGAAGGGGGCGAUGGAGAGGGGCGCGGAGUUUGAGAAGCGGAAGAGAGAGCGGGAGGAGGCGGCGGAGGGGCAAGCGGGCAAGGGGAAAGCGGGAGGGCAGCGGGCGUUUAUGCGCGAGUUGCGCGCGGUGGUUGAGGCGGCGGAUGUGGUUCUGCUCGUGCUCGACGCGCGCGACCCGCUGGGCGGCCGCUGCCGCCAGCUGGAGGACAUGGUGGCGCGCAGCGGCGCGCACAAGCGCAUCGUGCUGCUGCUCAACAAAAUCGGUCAGUCGCGCCUCCCUCUCUCCGCCACUCCCUCUCUCCCCUCCCCCUGCCUUCUCUCUCACCCGCAACCCGAAUAUCCAACCCCGAGCAAACUCACACACACACCCUUCCCCCCCCAUUCUCACGCCUCCCCGCCGCGCCCCUCCCCCUCCCCUUCCCCCUCCCCCCUUCCCCCAGACCUGGUGCCGCGCGACGUGGUGCAGCGCUGGCUGGCGUACUUCCGCCGCGAGCUGCCCGCCGUGGCCUUCAAGGCCUCCACGCAGGCGCAGCGCGCGCACCUCGCGCGCGCCUCCCGACCCUCCCGCGCCGACCCUAACCGCGCCGCCGCGCCGCAGCCGCUGCUGCCGCGCGGGGAGGGGGAGGAGGCGGGGGGCGCGGCGGGCGCGGAGGGCAGCGAGUGCUUCGGCGCGGAUACUCUCAUCCAGCUGCUCAAGAACUACUGCCGCAACAAAGACGUGAGGGGGGGGAUGGGGGGGGAGAAUCAAGACGGCGAUCAGGGUGGGAGUGGUGGGCCUCCCGAACGUGGGCAAGAGCAGUGUGAUCAACUCGCUCAAGCGCGCGCGCGCGUGGCCAAGGCGGGCGCCACGGCAGGCGUGACGCGCGCGCUGCAGGAGGUGCAGCUGGACAAACUCGUUCGCCUCAUUGACUCGCCGGGGGUCGUGCUGUCGGGGGGAGGGGGAGGGGGGAGAGGCGGAGGGGGAGGCGGAGGGGGGAAGGACGACGAGGCUGCUGCUGCGCUGCGCAAUGCCAUCCGCCCCGAGGCGCUGCUCGACCCCUUUGCACCGGGUACCACCGCAUUCCACCCCACCGUCAACUUUUCCCCUGUGUCCUGCCUCCCCCUUGCUCUGCCUCGUCCCUGCCAAUCUGGGCCCUCAGUGCCUCAUCCACCUCCCUGCGCCAUGGAGCGCAUACUACAGCUGUGCCCGCGGGCGCACCUAAACGCCGUCUACGGCCUCGACGAGACCGCCGCCUACAAGGACGGGGCGGGCGGCCCCGUGGACAGCUUCCUUCGGCAGGUAGCGCAGAAGCGCGGGCGGCUGAAGAAGGGCGGCGUGCCGGACACACUUGCUGCUGCGCGCAUUGUGCUGCGCGAGUGGAAUGAAGGGCGCAUCCCGUACUACACACUGCCGCCGUCACCUGCGUCGGAGGCGGUGGAGGGGGCGGAGGAGCACGAGGAGGGGGCGGCGCUGGUGGGCGCGUGGGGGGGCGAGUUCGGCGCACACGAGGUGCUGGCCAGCGAGCAGCGCGCCUGGCAGGCCCACCAGGGGGGCGCCCUCGCCCCGCCUGCUGGGGGAGGUGGUGGUGGUGCGGCGGGGCAUGCGGUGCUGCCUGCUAGCGCGCCGGCCACCAUGAUGGUCACAGAUGAGGUGCGUGGUGGUGGCGGUGGUGAUGGUGGUGAUGGUGGUGAUGGUGGUGAUGGUGGUGGCGCUCGUGAUGAUGGUGCUUGUGUUGAAGAGGGAGAGGAAGAGGACGAGGAGGAAGAGGCGGCAGAGGCGGGCGGCAUGCACGUGGACGACGUGGAUGCGGUGGCGGCAGCGGAGAGGGCAGGUGUGAUGCGGGGGAGGGAGUAUCUGCGGCAGAACGAGGUGCUGUAUGAAGCAGCAGGCAUCCUCAACCCGCAUCAGCGCCGCGCCGACAAGAAGCGCCGCAAGAAGCAGCAGCACCUGGGGGGGGAGGGGGGGGGGGGAGGAGGGCGGUGUGGGGAGCACACGGGGGAAGGGCAAGGGCGGGGCGGCGGGUAA